AAAUGACAAUGAUAUUACUAUGACAGACGAUGGGGGCUCGCAGAAAUACGAGUAAUCGGCCUGACGACGUCAUGACUAGAUUCAUCUACUUCGUGUUUUUGCGAUUAGGCGACCCGCGCAUUGACAGCCCCAGGCGAUACUACUUCCGUUUUAUCACAUUUAUCCCCCAAGCUUACACAAAAACGAAGCUUGGAGGACAUAUGAUGGUGUCCUGGGACAUGGAAGAGAGGAGACAGGCGGUCGACACUGGAGGUGACAGAAAAAUGGCUGAGGGUCAAAAUCUUGAUGGUGCUGGUUCCAAACCGACCAA